AUGAAUGCAACAAAGAUGUUGCUCGUAUUGUUCGCAGUUGUUUCCGUUGCACUUGCCCAAAAGGAGUGUUUUCACGGCAGAGACACAGGCAUGAGUUGCGAAGAAGAAGGAGGACAAAGGUUUUUCUUCGAUGAUCAUACGAAAAGAUGUCAGCCAUUUUACUAUAAGGGCUGCGGAGGUAAUGAAAAUAGGUUCAAAACUCGGGAAGAGUGCCAGAAAAAGUGCGGAGAUGUGAAAUCUGAAAGCGCUACUGCUUUACAUGCUGUUUGCAAAUCUGGCGCCUUUGCCGCUGGCGCUACAUCUCUUGCCAAGCCUCUAUCUUGCGACCAAUGUCCCAAAGGCUACCAGUGUGAAGGUGAACUCUGCUGCCCAAAGAAAGAAUACCUCUGCAACCUACAAUAUGACGCUGGCAAAUUUGGCAACAAAGGAUCGCAUUCGCCAAGGUAUUUCUACAGCAAGAACUUCAAGAACUGUAUGCUCUUUACUUUCUUCGGACGAGACGGUAAUGCGAACAACUUCGAAAAGUACAACGAAUGUAAAGAAUUUUGCAUGUCAUAG